AUGAGUGCAUUCCUCUACACCUCAAGCCUCAAGGAGCAUGGGACCCUAUGUUCAUGUACCGAUCAGCAUCUCAACACGCUCGGUAGCACUAAGCCAAGCCAACAACAAAAUUGUGCCAUAGCAGGUGGUCUCAAGAGGAAUCAUGCCAAAAAGAAACAAUCCAUCUCCAAAAUCAUGUAA